ACGCACAUUUUGUUUCUCCUGCCUCUGUACACUAUCUGUAACAUCACCGCCUCGCCUCGCCGCCGCACCUCCUGCACCGCACCGCGUCGCUCGUCUGUCCCACGCAGCGCACCUCCCAUCAAAAGCCCUCGCGUCGAGUCGCCGUCCGCUAUCAUCGCAUCAUCCGCGGCUCGGGAUGCAUCGCCGAGCCGCUCGUCUGGCGCAGCCCCUCGUCUACGCGAGCAUGCCGUCCGCCGGUGGAGGAGCGUCAAUUGUCUCCGUCGGGACCCCACCACGUCUGACCCACACUCGCGGGCAUGGGCAUAGCCUUCGUUGUCCCCUUUCGAGCAUGCGCAAGAAUGCCAGUGGUCUCGGUCUCGACACCGGUAUCAUGGGCUGGCUCGACCUCAGGACCAUCCGGAGGUGCACAGACCGGACAGCGCGGCGCGCACGAACAUCCUCAUCAACUCACCCUCAACACAUCGCAUCCGCAACCCUCGCACACACAUCUCUGGUGCAGUUCGACUACAUCUUCUCUGUUUAUAUCAUACCCGCUAUAUCCUUAAUGUUAUCGCUUCGCCCGCUGCAUCGAUUAUCGCCCAAGCCCGCUCGUCGUCUUGCAUCUCCGUCGCACACACCCUUGCAUACUCUCGCCCGCAUACAUCCCUCCCACACAUCGUCCACGUCUUGGUGCGCAUGCAGACACGCAGCGGCGAACAUCUGGUCUCCUGGAAUGUUCUCGUUUGUCCCACUCGUACCCGUUGUUUGCAGUAGUGUCUCGUUUGUCUGUCUGUCUGUCUGUCGCGGUUGCUAUUUAACUUGUCGGAUCGGAAUAAACAUUGAUGGGCCCGCUCGGAGCUAUACGAGCUGGUCCCUGGAACUCGGAAUUGUUUUUGCCGUGUGAUGUGUGUCUUGUUCUGUCGGAUGAACGUGAGCCGUGGUGAUUGUGUCGUCGGUGGCCGGUGAGACGAUCAGGUUGAUGUACCGCUAUAUUAUCAGAGUGCUUCUGUCGC